UUCCGGUUUGGUAUACGGGAAACGCAUGAAUAACAUUUUCGGCAAGAUUAACCUGUUUAGUGUCUAGUUGAAAAAGCCUACUCAGAGGAGGUGUAUCAUAGAUUUCUAUCCCUGCAUCUCAGUGUGACAGCCAGAGCGAAUGCAAAUCUAGGUGUUGGAUUGUCGUCCAGCUCAAUGACCAGUCGACGUCUUUUCAGAGUGGUUAUACCCAACGGAGAACUUGCCCAGAUCAGACAAUGGGUAAUUCGCCACCCUAACAUAGAAACGGGAGGAGAUCUCUUCGGACUUUGGUCAAAUGACAACACCGCCGUCGUGCAAUUUGUGCUUGGUCCAGGAAAGAAGAGUCGUCGCACGCCAGUGUCGUACUUUCAAGAUACAAAAUACCUUGCUCAGAGUGGCUCAGUCUUGACUGAGCAGUACGGACUUUGUCACAUCGGUGAGUGGCACUCUCAUCACACACUGGGCUUGGCUCGACCAAGUGAUGGGGAUCAGAAAACGGUUUGGAGCAACAUGCCCAACAAUGGCUUCAAGCGUUUCAUCAUCUUCAUUGCAAACUUGGAGAUUGAGACGCGAAGCAGCGCGAGAGAUCUCCCUGUAGGCACUGGUCUGGGCUGCUUCCUAUUUGAAGUGAAAGACACGAAAUCUUGGGUACCGUACGAUCUAAUGCAAGGAUGUUUUGAUGUUACUGAUGGGCAAAGCCCCUACCGACAGGUGCUACUCCCGAUGAUUGGGAAUGGUGCUGAGACGCUCUUCCAAAGCGAUGAAGUCGCAGUCAAACAUGUACAGUUAUCAGGAUCACACGAAUAUGAACCCCGUCAUAUACUGCUGUACAGCAAAGACCAAGAAAGAUCGACAUUGCUUCCACAACCACAACCACAGCAGCAGCAAAAACAACAAAAGCAAGUACAACAGCAAAAAAGACAACAACACCACCACCACCACCACCACCACCACCAACAACAACAACAACAACAACAACAACAACAACAACAACAACAACAACAGCAACAACAACAACCACUGUCAUCUCUAACAACACCAAGAGUACCAUCAUCACCACCACCACACCACCACCAAACACAGCAGCAGCAGCAGCAAGCACAACAACAACAACAACAACAACAACAUCAAUAUCCAACUGCUCAACAACAACCGCCAUCUCUACAAUCAUCAGGAUUACAAGGAAAUGAACGCUGUCAUAUAAUGCCCUACAGCAAAGACCAGGAAAGAUUGACAUUGCUUCCACAACCACAACUACAACCACAACAGCAGCGACAACGACAAGAGCAAGUACAACGGCAACAACAACAAAUACAACAUCAACAACAACAAAUUCAACAACAACAACAACAACAACAAUAUCCAACUGCUCAACACCAACAACCGCCAUCUCAAACAUCACAGCCACUGCCACAACAACACCACCAUUACCACCAAACACAACAGCAACAACAACAAAUACAACAUCAACAACAACAAAUACAACAACAACGACAUCCAACUGCUCAACACCAACAACCGCCAUCUCAAACAUCACAGCUACCGCCACAACAACGCCAUUACCACCAAACACAACAGCAACAACAAGAGCAGCAACAACACCCACUUCUAACAACAUCAGUACUCCCACCACCACCACAACACCUGGGUCGCCACAACCGCCAAACACAGCAACAACAGCAACAACAACAACUUCCAACUGCUCAGAUUACAGACCAAGCAACUAGAAUAAUACAUCCAACUUAUUCUUCAGAAAUUGUAAGCAACCCCCAUUCCAACAAUCAACCACUUGCAUUAGGAUCUACAGAGUCUACUAGUUACACACAUAGUAACAGUAGCAAAAAUUCUAUUACUGGAGCUUACCCUGGUCCUUCUCAGCACAACUGGCCUUACGUAAGUUUCCAAAAAGAUCAACCUGCCUAUUUGUGUCAACGUGGGCAAGUCACCUCAGCACCAGUUAAUCAUGGACCACAACAAGUUUUCCAUCCAUCACAACACCGUAUUCAUCAACAACAUAAUAGCCCACAAUUACUCACACAUCACCCAGGAUAUCAACAACAACCAAACUGGCAGAAUCCCUACUCACCACAACAUCAAUAUCCUUAUCCUUAUCAACAUGGUCACAUAGCAACUAGUCACAUGAAAGUUGUAUACCCUCAAGUUGGAGUUCAAUGUCCAAUGCAAACAAAACAGCAGACACAUCCUGACCUCAUUAGGUUUUGACUGAUCUUCACGGACAAAUGUGUAGCUUCACCAACUUCUAGCGUUAGGUCAAACAGCAUUGCAAGAUUUUGAACUGUUUGCGUGCACAUCUGUGCUGUUAGGAUUGCAAGGUUUCUUGCCAUAUAGUAUUACAUGACAUAGUAUAGUCCAUGGAAAUAAACUGCAAAUUAAUCAA